AUGAGAUUAUUCACAGUAUUGACCAAUUUUUUCGAUGACUACCAGCGGACAACGUCCAAAAAGCUAAAACUUAUCGAUGCCUACAUGUUCUACGUCUUCAUCACUGGAGUUAUCCAGUUUGUUUACUGCGUCCUUAUUGGGACAUUUCCGUUUAAUUCGUUCCUCUCGGGUUUUAUAUCGACAGUUGGUUGUUUUGUCUUGGCAGCAUCCCUUCGUAUCCAAAUUAAUCCAGAAAAUAAACCACUCUUUCCUCAUAUUUCUCCGGAACGUGCUUUCGCCGACUUUAUCUUUGCACAUGUGAUAUUUCAUCUUGUGAUUGCGAACUUCUUAGGUUGA